CAGGGGGUCUGCUGGCACGCGGCGGUGCUCCGCCCAGGCCCGGGGAGGGCCGCAGCGCGCCGGAGCUUCGGCGAGGCGGACAUGCGCUCGGCGGCCGGCCAGCACUCCGUGGAGGCCGACUUGCGAGCAGACACGGUGGACUGGAUGAUGUCGACUCAUCAGGCCAGCAACCUCGCACUUCCGGCCAUUUUCUUGGCGGUGCAGCUGCUGGACCGAUGCUUGGCUCUGUCGCAGGUCGAGCCGGAGCGGCAGCUGGUCCUCGGGGCCGCCUGCCUGGUGCUCGCGGCGAAGUUCGAGGAAUACAACGCGCCCGACUUGUCUUUUGUCGCCGAAGUGGCGGGCAAUCAGUUCACCGUCGCACAGGUCCUCGAGAUGGAGCUCUGGGCGCUCAGGACACGUGCUCACUGCGUCUCCGUGCUCUGUACCCUCUGCGCGCGUGCUCGCUCGCGAACGCGCGAGCGUGCAUGGCCGUACGCAGGCGUGAACCUCCACGCGCGCUCCCGUGCGUGAUCGCAUGCACCCUUCGCCGCUUCCGCUUCCUCGCCCCCUCUCAGGGUCCCGUUUCCGCGCGGCGCGAUCUCAUGAGGUGCCGCCGCUGCCCAGCUUCUUUGAC